CUGGGUUCUGUGUUUUGUUUCUACAAUAGUCGCAUCGCGUCGGUCGCGUCGUACCUCGAAGAAAAAAUCUCCGGGAGGACGAUGACACGCAGUAUCCCGCGGGGUAGCGUCCGAUGGGUGACUCGAACCAGGUGAUACGACGACGCGGCAACAAAGAGACGCUUACCGAUCAUGUUCACGUAAUUGUUAACCUCUCUCUCUCUUUCUCUCUCGUGGACUUAUCCGUCCCAAAAAAGGUAUCCCGUCGAUUUCGACAGCAAAUCGCCGCAAUCAAUCGGGAACGAAUUGGACCGCCUUAAAUUACGAUAAAUUGAUGAACGAAUCGGCAAAAGUGAAGAGGAGGUGUGUGUCAAUUAGAUUAGCGGAAUAAGGGACGCGGGUUAAAUGCCCUUGUUACGCAAGGUGUUGCUGAACCUGACACUCCUUGCAUUGCUCUUGGUGGCUUUCUACUACUAUGAGACAUCCAAUGGCAGGCGUUGGAUCGUACCUAAUCCACGAGCAAGAAAUGCGAGCUUGCCGAAUCUUACAUCCGCCUUAGCAGCGGCCAGCUACACCACGGACAUCAAUUAUUCGUCCUCGAUCAUCAACGUCUUGCAGCAAGAACGUAUAAACUACUACAACAUCUGGUGUAUCUUCACCAAAGUUACCUCAAACUCGCCCAUGAGACGCAAGUUUCAGAUAUUUAUCAACUCCCUGCUCGGACUAACUUCUGUGGACAUCGCUUUUCACGUGAUAAGUGACGACGACAGCCGGAGCAUAGCGGAAACUGUCAUUCAGGAUGUUAUGACUGGAACUGGAAAGUUUAUGGAGGUGUUUUAUUACGAUGUGCACAAACUGGCCACUCAACUGGAGGAUAUCGUGUCGGUUAUGUCGCCGCACUUCAGCAGCAAGCCAGGGACGUACUAUUCCGACGCGUUGUUCUUCCUCUCGCUGGGCCUGCACAGGAUCGCGCCGAGCGACCAGAAGCUCGCAGCGAUGUUCGACGCGGACACGAAAUUCCGCCGGGACGUGAAGGAUCUGUUCGAGGAGUUCCGCAACUUCGGCGAGGACGCCCUGUUCGGCCUGGCGCCGGAGCUCACUCCGGUCUACCGCCACGUUUUGUACAUAUAUCGCAACAAACACCCGAACACUUUGUUCGGCGAGCCCCGGCACAAGGGCGGAUAUCCCGGCUACAACAGCGGAAUGGUGCUCUUUAACUUGGAAAAAUUACGAAAGUCGCUCGCCUACAAUGAGAUCGUUGGCAAGAAGAACGUGGACGCGAUGACGGAGAAGUAUCACUUCAAGGGCCACUUGGGCGAUCAAGAUUUCUACACGCUUCUCGGUAUGGAAAGGUCGGAGCUUAUCUACACGGUCGAUUGCGGAUGGAACAGGCAGCUCUGUACCUGGUGGCGUGAUCGCGGGUACGCAGAUAUAUUCGCGAAUUAUUCGGAGUGCCAUUCGGAGACCAAGCUGUGGCAUGGAAAUUGUAACACUCCCAUACCUGACGAUUAGCCAUCAUCCCCAAUGAUACGGUACACGCAUUGAACACUGAAUAUGUGAGAGAUCCUUCUCCAAUUCUAGAUUUAAUGUAAACAAGACGGUGCUAAGACGUGAGGCGGCAAUCUACAGACUGAAAACGUAGCGGAAUUCUGGGCGAGAUAAUGUAAGACAAUUCGUUCGUAGGUUAAUCGAUAGAUCUAAGUAAUUCUAACUUUACCUGAGUUAAUAAUUGCAAAUGGAAGAUGUAUUAUCUUUUCGUUUUUCUUUUUUCCGAGUUGAAUAGAGAGAAAGAAUCUCGUUAAUGGUAGGAUACGAUAUUGUUACAUCAAGGGAAAGGCAGAAUAGCAAAUUUCAACGAGAAAUUUGGGUUCUGCUUGUAAGUAUAAACAUCUCACGAAGUGCUCACCUUUAGUAUUGAAGCCCGUUCAGCAACUUUACGGGGCUUAUCGAAGAUCUGUUUUAAUGGCAAUAUUAACACAUUCGUAGCCGCUGAUGUUUUCUUCUUUUUUUGUUUUUAAUCUACAGCUGAUUGUCGCCGAUGCGGUAUUAUUAAUAUUUUUAUAUAAUAGUGUUUAUUUUUGCUUUUACGUAAAAAAGUCCAAUUAAUUUCUUCAAGAAUUAAGUAAUAAAUUUCAAAAGUUUUCUAAAAUUCUAACAUUUCCUAUGUUCAUGAUUUAACACUUUUUCCGUUUGGAUUUUGUAACGGAUAAAGUUUCUUCAGUUUCAAAUGACAAGUAGUUACAAGCAUAUCUUUGAACAAGCUUUUAUUCUUAUUUUAACGACAGAACUCUGCGACAAUCAGCUACAGAUUUAAGUCUGUUGUAUCGAGUUUCCAGUUUUAGAAAGAUGAGAAACAAUUACCGGUUGCGAAGAUGUUAAAUCAGACGUUCUUCUGAAGCUGUGAUGUACCGUUGCAAUAUGUACACUUCAUGUCUUCAUGCCCUCCUCUACGGAGGUGAUGUAUUCCUAUGUUAAUGAUGUACCUAAUAGUUUUAUAUCACGAAUGAUUUCUGUAGGAUUCAUUCAUUAUCUCGCGUAUUCGAGUAUUUUGGGUGUAUCCUUGCGAUAUUACAUCCCGAAUAUGUUACGACAUCGGGGAUUAUUGCAUAGAAACCAUUAAGUGUAAUCUUAUGCUAGGAAAACGUAUGUUUUAUAUUUGCGUAGAAAGGAAGAUAAUCAAUUUUUGAUGGGAAGAUCGACGCAGUUACGGUUUAAAAGUACUUUCAGAAAGAGAUACUCUGAGAUUGAAAAUACCUUUAAAUCUAACAUUGAAACGUAUGGGUGCUACGAAGCCUGGAAAGUACGAAGUAACACGCAGUUUAUACGCGUGCACGUUAUAGAAUGGUGCUAUUUUUCACAAACGAUAUACAUUCUACAUAAAAAAAAAAGAAAAGACCGCGUAUAUACGGCGUUCGAAUUAUAUUUUUCUACCUGAACAUAUAUCGAGAGGCAGGUUGUUUCCGAAAAGCGCGCGCGAAAGCGAGGUUGUCUAAUGCUACUGAUAAGAUUUAGCAAAUUCAUUGUUAUAACUUUAAUGCGACUAUAAAUUAUAACAUAUAAAUAGUGUGUAUGUGUGUAUGUGUGUGUGUGUAAGGAAAAGAUAUUAAAUACAAUAUAUAUAUAUAUAUAUAUAUAUAUUGACAUAAUGUGUGUGAUAUUUACAAUACGUCCAUCAGCGUACCAUUCGUCGCAACUACUCGAAAUGCCGCGAAGUCGCAAAACGUGUUAGCAGAUGAAUCGGUCAACUCGUCGCUCUGCGACAACGACGGUCAUCUCGUCUCGGUGACAACUUUAGAUCUCUCGUUUGCCACGCACUCUGUCGAGUGUGAGGAAGUGCAUGCUUACAUCUCAAAGCUAGAACAAUCAGUAGUAUUUAGUGACUUGAACAUGAAAUAAACUUUCACACUGAGGAGAAUAUACCAUGGAGAGGACCAUAUUCGCGCCUUGAAAAGAUAAACAAAAAAUAUAUAUAUAUAUAUAUAUAUAUUUAUAGAUUUUAAUCAGCUAUUAAAAGUACGAUUGAAGAAGGUAGAAAAGGAUAUCGCUUAACAAUAUGUGAUAUCAAUCCUAUUCCAUAAGAAACGCCAUGUUUUGAGUGUUGGUAAUAUGUUACUUUUCUACUCUCUCUCUCUCUCUCUCUCUCUCUCUCUCUCUCACUCUCUCUCUCUCUCUCUCUCUCUCUUUCUCUUCGUCUCUCUUUUUCUCGUGGCAGAGUGACACCGAUUGCUCUUUCUUCGCUCUGAGAAAGUGAUGAAUCGCAGACGCUGUCGCUCCGAGAAACGGAACGGUACGCAUCCUGUGGCCCUGGUAUACAAGCGCUCUAACGACGAUGAGAAAGCUACGUAGCUGUCUCAGCUUUUCCGAGAAACGUAAUUAUUAUUAUGCCGUAAGGAAUUAAAAUAUAAACGGUUUCCGUACUUGGAUAAUGCCAACAAAAAGAAAACAACAAUUUGUAUUCGGACACGUACGAGAGCGCGAUGCAACCGACGUCGCGUCGUGCGUCCGAUACGGUGCCCACAUGGAGGAAAAUAAAAGUCGCUCGACGUUAAAUUAAGUAAUAACACCCUCCUCCCGGGUGUGUGUGUGUGAUCGUAGAUCAAUCCUACGCACCAUCAUCAUCAUCAUCAAAGAUCCAAUCGCGCGGGUUCCGAUUCACGCAACUCAAUUGACCAGAUUUAGGGAAAGGACUAUUCUCGGCACGGUACGAUAACGCGUAUUCUAAUACAUCUCUAAAUUCGUUGUACAAUACGUAAAAUAAGAUGUCACCUUUGGUCCCGUUCAUAGAAACUUACUUACAAAUUAACUGCGAGUUAAUUGUGUAUGUUAGUCUCGGCAUUAAAUCGCUUAUUAGUAGUAUUCCGAUAUUCGCGAUCCGUCCACGACUAACUUUGGUAUUAUAUUUGUGUGUGUGUGUGUGUGUGUGUGUGUGUGUGUGUGUGUGUGUGUGUGUGUGUGCGCGCGCGCGCGCGCGUGUGUGUUUUUUUAUCAGUAUACACCGCACCAAAGCUAGGGUCGAAUGGUUUUACCGAACUGUGUAAAGGGAAUUAAUCUCUCUCUCUCUCUCUCCCUCUCUAUACCUUUUCGUAUUAAUUGAUGAGCAAUGUCGGAUUCAUGACUAUUCAAGUAAAGGUAUCUUCUCCUCUUUCUAUAUACGAUCAAGCGCAAACAAUAUAUACAUUUCCCAUCGCCUCACGGCAAUCUUGGCUGCCUCAGCAUAUUUCUCUUUUUGUACAUCGUAUUUACAUGACCAACGUGGAGCAACAUAUCAUCGGACUCCAUCCCGGUAUUCGAGAGAAGAUAUACACAAAUGAGAGAUGUAACUCUAGAGAAGUCUCGCAGUAUCUUCACUAAUAUCGCAUUGGUGGACCUCUCUUUGCUCCACGUUGAAUGUUGACGCAAAAAUCGCAAAUACCUUUCUCUAUUCCGGCGAAUAUAUUACACGUAGAACAUGUAAAUGCCCCUCAAAAAUAUUUUUCAUUCUUUUCUUUUUAAUAUCGUUUAAAAUAUAUAUUCUUACAUCAACCCUAAAAUACUACUAGGAAAAUCAAAUGAUAUCAAACAAAAGUUGAUUACUUAGUGUCACUUAGCUACUAAUAAUAAUAUAUAUAUACGAAAAGAUAAGACAGAAAUGUACAAAUAUAAAAGAAAUGUACAGAUAUAAAAGAAAUAACACGAGCCGAGUGACUCGUAUUCCAUUUUUGAAAGAACGUCCUCAUAGUAGUACUCCAGGGUCAAAGGCAAUUUUUUUUAAUGUUUUUUUUUGCAUAUACCUUUCGUAAAACAGAAAAUCUU